AUGGCGGGCGGAGGUUUAAUAGACUCAAGAGGAGGCAGCAGAGCUCAUCUCUACGAGUAUAGAAUCACUCCCUAUUUCGUAUUCGCUUGCAUUGUUGCCGCCAUGGGAGGGUCUCUCUUCGGCUACGAUCUUGGCGUUUCUGGUGGGGUGACUUCCAUGGAUGACUUCUUGAAAGAAUUCUUCCCCAAAAUCUACAGGAGGAAGCAGGAACAUCUCCAGGAAACUGAUUACUGCAAAUAUGACAAUCAGAUCCUCACUCUCUUCACUUCUUCUCUCUACUUUGCUGCCCUAAUAUCUACAUUUGGGGCGUCCUAUGUUACCAGAUAUAAAGGCCGGAAAGCCAGCAUUCUCUGGGGAGCAAUCAGUUUCUUCGUCGGAGCAUUGAUCAAUGCAUUCGCCAUGAACAUAGCAAUGCUGAUCGUCGGUCGCUGUCUUCUCGGCGUAGGCAUUGGUUUUGGGAAUCAAGCAGUGCCAUUGUAUCUAUCCGAAAUGGCUCCGGCAAAGAUCCGGGGAGCGGUUAAUCAGCUCUUCCAGCUGACGACUUGUUUAGGGAUAUUCGUAGCCAACUUCAUAAACUAUGGAACCGAGAAGAUCCAUCCAUGGGGUUGGAGAAUAUCUCUGGGAUUAGCCACAGUUCCGGCGGUUCUCAUGUUCGUCGGCGGGCUAUUCCUCCCGGAGACGCCGAACAGUCUGGUGGAGCAGGGAAGGCUAGAGGAAGCCAGAGCGGUGUUGGAGAAGGUGAGAGGAACGUCAAAAGUAGACGCAGAAUUCGAAGAUCUAAUGGACGCAAGUCAAGCGGCGCAAGCCGUAAAGAAUCCGUUAAGAAACCUCUUAAAGAGGAAGAACCGGCCGCAAUUGGUGAUCGGAGCGCUCGCGAUCCCGGCGUUCCAGCAGCUCACCGGAAUGAACUCCAUUCUUUUCUACGCCCCCGUCAUAUUCCAAAGCCUAGGCUUCGGCUCCGGCGCGUCGCUGUUUUCCUCCGCCAUCACCAGCGGCGCGCUGGUGGUGGCCGCCGGGAUCUCCAUGGCGUUCGUGGAUCGGUUCGGGAGGCGGUUCUUUUUCCUGGAAGCCGGCGCGGAGAUGAUCUGCGUCUUGGUGGCCGUCGCCAUAACUCUAGCGCUCAAGUUCGGGGAAGGCGGCGAGGAUCUCCCGAAAGGGGUCGGGAUCUUCCUGAUAAUCAUAAUCUGCGUGUUCGUUCUCGCGUACGGGAGAUCGUGGGGGCCGUUGGGGUGGCUGGUGCCGAGCGAGAUCUUCCCGCUGGAGACGCGGUCGGCGGGGCAGAGCAUGGUGGUGUGCGUGAACAUGAUCUUCACGGCGUUGAUCGCGCAGUGUUUUCUGGCGUCGUUAUGUCACCUGAAAUACGGCAUCUUCUUGGUGUUUGCGGGGCUGAUUGUUGUGAUGAGUUGUUUCAUCUUGCUUCUGCUGCCGGAGACGAAGCAGGUUCCGAUCGAGGAAGUGUAUCUGUUGUGGGAGAAACACUGGUUCUGGAGGAAUUACUGCCCAUCGUUGGAGAAUAAUGGUCGAGAAUUGCAAGAAAAUCUAUGAUGAUAGUAUUAGCAUUUUUAGGUUAGAUUAUAGGCAAA